CCUUAUCAUUCUUUUAAUUUUGGAAUCGGGUUCUCAAUGAACCAUAACGGUUUUCAGACAUGGGUUCCCACAGCGCCAACCAUCAACGCCUGCUUCAUUACACCAAGCUCCUGACGUCCCAUGUAAACCAAGGCCGCCACGAGCAAGCUCUAAUACUGUUCCGCCACAUGAACGCCUCACCUGAGCUUUCGCUUGACCCUUUCGUCUUCCCACUUGCACUCAAGUCCUGCGCGGCCCUCAACUUCCCUCAUCUUGGCACAACCAUCCAUGCCCACACGACUAAGUCUUCUCUCCUCUCCAACCCAUUCGUCGCCUGCGCUCUUGUUGAUAUGUAUGGUAAAUGCGUCUCCGUAUCUUCUGCCCGCCGACUGUUCGACGAAAUUCCUCAACGAAAUGUUAUUGUGUGGAAUGCCAUGAUUUCUCUUUUCUCUCACUCCAAAGAUGUCUCAAAUGCACUCCACUUGUUUGAACUCAUGGAUGUUUCGCCAGAUGCAUCUUCUUUCAAUUCGAUCAUUGCCGCUUUGUCCGAAUCAGAUGAUGGGUCUUCUAAGGCACUCGCCUUCUAUAGACGAAUGCAAGAUUCACAUGUGAAACCAACUAUGUUUACCCUUCUGGCUCUGUUGCCUGCGUGUGUUGAUGUAGCGGCUUUGAACCUGAUUAAAGAAAUUCAUGGCUACUCUAUCAGGAAUGGCAUUGAUUCACAUGCUCAUCUAAGUAGUGGCCUCGUAGAAGCAUAUGGCCGAUGUGGGUGCCUUUUGUAUGCACACUACAUAUUCGAAAGAAUGACUACGAGAGAUGUUGUCGCAUGGAGUGCCAUGAUCUCAGCCUACGCAUUACACGGGAAGGCUGAAACUGCGCUUGCUAUCUUCAGACAAAUGGAAUUAGCAAGAGUAAGGCCUGAUGGGAUAACAUUUCUGGGAGUGUUUAAGGCUUGUAGUCAUGCUGGGCUGACCAACGAAGCCCUGGAAUACUUCGAGCGAAUGCGUACGGAUUAUGGUGUAGAAGUGAGCAGUGACCACUACUCCUGCUUAAUUGAUGUUCUUAGUCGGGCAGGGAGGUUAUAUGAGGCCUAUGAGGUCAUAAAGGAGAUGCCAGUGAAGGCAACUGCGAAAGCUUGGGGAGCUAUACUAGGGGCAUGCCGGACAUAUGGAGAAGUGGAACUUGCGAAGAUUGCCGGGAGAAAUUUGUUUGAGAUAGAGCCUGACAAUCCUGCCAAUUAUGUAUUGUUGGCUACCAUUUACUGUAGUGCAGGGAGAUUAGAUGAAGCAGAGAGUUUAAGGAAGGAGAUGAAGGAGAGAGGCGUGAAGAAGACACCUGGUAGUAGCUGGGUUGUGUCUCAUGACUGAUUCAUUAUCUUGUAAAUGGAAGACAAUAUGAUUUUUUGAAAGCAAAGGAAAUUCUUCUUAUGUCCACCAUUAAAGAAGUUCAGAGAUGCUUUAGAAAGAAAUAGCUUUCUCAGUAUCUUAUGAGAA